AGAGAGAGAGAGAGAGACGUGCAGUUCCAAUCAUGGAGGUUCCUCUGGCAUUGCAUGUGCCCCUAUCUCUUCGCCCCACUUCUUAUUAUUCUACACUUCUAUGAAACUAGUACUUCCUUGUUUAUAUAUCAUUCAUUCCCACUUUGAAACUCAUAAUGCCCUUAGGCUUUUAGCCCUCCAUGAUAAAAGCUAGCCUCCAUUGAAAUUGAGGCUGAAAUUUGAGCAGAUUUCCGAGAUGGUUAGUCCAGCACCCUGCAGCCGAUCCUGGUCUAUAAGCGAGGACUCGCUAAAAAGAUAUGUGCAGUUUGCGAGUGAGAGCUGCAUACAAGAGUUACUGUCUGCUUCAGACUCCACUAGGGGGAUUGGGAUUAAUAAUGGCAAUGAUGGCUGGAAGGUUCUUACUCUUGAAAACGGAGUGGAAAUAUCCAAACGGAGGUCUGGAAAUGGAUCAUUCCACACCUUCCGCAGCCGCUGGCUGCUCAGAUCAGUAUCACCCCAACAAUUUAUCGCUGUUGCUAAUGCAAUAGAUGCUGCCAAGCAAUGGGAUUCUGAUCUGGUAGAAGCAAGGUACAUAAAAGAUCUUGACGACAACCUCAGCAUCAUCCGGCUCAAGUUUGGAGAUAAUUCCAAGCCCCUAUUUAGAAAUAGAGAAUUCAUAGUGUAUGAGCGACGCGAAACCAUGGAAGAUGGCACUCUGGUGGUAGCAGUUGCUUCACUUCCAAAGGAGAUAGCUGCUGGAUUGCAGCCAAAGCAAAAUAAUGCAAUCAGAGGACUGCUGUUGCAAUCAGGAUGGGUAGUUGAGAGGCUUGAUGGUGACUCUUGCAUGGUCACCUAUGUUGUUCAGUUGGAUCCUGCAGGCUGGAUGCCCAAGUGCUUUGUCAAUCGACUUAACAAUAAACUAGUUAAGAUCAUUGAAAAUCUAAAGAAACUGGCGCAAGCUUGUCCAAUUGAUGGGGAUACCUGA